UAGGUGUGUUUCCUGGAAUGAACCUACAGUCUAUGGAAUGAACAUGGAGAGAGGGGAAUCAGAGACUGUCGCGGAAUCCUGUGUCUUCUGUUUAAUCGCCAACGAUCUGGACAAGGAAACGGAAAUUAUCUCAGAGAACAAGUGGAUGGUGUGUUUCAGGGACAUUUACCCUGCUGCUCCUCACCACUACCUGGUUGUCCCCAGACAGCACAUACUGGACUACUUGUCACUGGACAGCGGAGACAUCGGCUUCAUUGAGAGGAUGACUGAAAUGGGGAGAAAUGUACUUCGAGACCAAGGGAUCACUGAUAUGAGAGACACAAGGCUGGGCUUCCACAUACCGCCCUACAUCUCAGUGGGUCACCUCCACCUCCACGUGCUCGCCCCCAGCAGCCAAAUCUCAGAAGACAUGAUUUAUAAAUUCAUACCAGACACCAGCUCUUUUAUUUCUGAAGAAGAUCUAUGCAAGCAGCUACAGAAACAUUCUUCACCACUGCAGAGCGCUGGAAGGCAUUUAAAGAGGAUUAAAGAUGGUUUAUUUAAAUGAUUUUUAUUAAUGUGGCGACGCCGGCGAGCUAGUUCUUGCAGGCAACUCGAGUUGCGCUGCAACAAUCAUGUACAUACAUCAUGUGACAUACUAUGGGGUGCCGUUUGUAAAGCAGCUCACGCUGAAAAUAACAGCAACAUUUUGUCACAUUUAGCUUCAAACCAUGUUUAAAAAACUGGUGUGAAUUUUUGAGAGUCACUUUUUUGCACAUUUACAACAAUAUUUGUCAACUUAGAGAUAUUUUAAAUAUUUAAAUCCAAAUGUUAAAUGUUACACUUAGUAACACAAUAUUUGCUCAUCACUCCCAUCAUUCCUGUGUAAUCACAUGGCGGAGUGAUUAAGUUGGAGCCUAGACGCCAAACACUCAAUCAGUUGUAAUGCAAUGCUGCAAUAAAUGUUCGAACGUGA